GAAAACAUAGAAGAGGUGCAGAGUUAAGCACGUUUGCUUUGUGUGCUGAGUUUCCAAGUAAUCAGCUCAGUUCAGCUCAAUGGGUUUUGGCGGUUACUCAUUCUCCUUUUCAUCUUCUUCAAGCUUUUCUUUGCCGUUUAAAAAGACAACAAUACCCUCUAACAGAAAAGCUUCCAUACAAACAUUUUCAGUAUCUUAUCACAAUUUUGUUGAUUUUGCUUUGGAUCAAACCAAUUUCCAUACCCAAUUGUUCCCUUCUCCUUUACAGGAAAAGUAUAAUUCCAUGAAUUCUAAGGAUGGUAAAGGAGUGCUUAGUAUGAUGUCAUUUCAAGCUUCCAAGAUUAGGCUUCUACGUAGUCUUAUCAUUCAGACAGAAACUAUGCAGGUUUUGGAUUUUGCUGUCUUUCCAAAAGCAGAAUAUGAUGUCCCAAUUUUUUGUGCUAACUUUUUCACAUCGGCUAAAACAAACAUCGUUGUAUUGGACCUUAACCCUUUGCAUGAUAUCAUCAAUCAAGAUGACUACAAGGAAAAGUACUUUAAAAGCUUAAUUCCUCUUGGCCUGAAAUAUGCCGAGCAUUUUCCAUGGGGAGGGAAGCUCACAAGUGAGUCUAUAAAGUUUUUUUCACCAAUUGUCAUUUGGACAAAGUUUACUUCAAGCCCGCAAAAGUAUGAUGUUUUGUAUUCAGCAUUCCGAGAUUAUUACAAGGUAUGGUUGGAAUUGAUAGACGCGGCAGUAAAAGAGACAUAUGAAUAUCAAAUUUUCGACAAUCUUGAAGCACAGCAUAGAUAUCUGACAUGGAGAGCCGAAAAGGAUCCGGGACAAGGUGUUUUGAAGAAAUUGAUAGGUGACACACUUGCCAAGGAUUUAUUAAGAAGCUUUCUCUUUAAUGGAGUCGACGAACUAGGAAGCAAAAAGUUCGAUGACUAUUUUCCACACUACAACGGCGAGGAAGGAACUCUAAAUAAAAAAGGCGGUAUUAUUGGAAAGUCUUUUGAAAAUCGACCGUGGGAUGCAAGAGGAGAAUUCCUUGGUCGAUGAAUGCUGUAGCUUUGCUCUAAAACUGUUAUACAAGGCAUGUAGCUGGUAAUAUUUCUUUGACUCAAGUUCUGCUAGCAAAUAUUCAAAUUUUGUCCACAACGAAUACCAAUUGGUCAUACACUAUUGUAUAUGUGUAUGUUAUAUCCAUCCUUGUUGUUGUAUUAUUAUUAUUAUAUGUAUAUGGUAAUAAAUUCCAAUGACUGUAACAUAUUUGUAUUGUUGGAUUCAAAUUUUGAUUUGUCUGCAGUUUUUUCAGAUAAGCUGCAGAUAAAUAAAAUUUUGGCAACUUAGUAGGUGUAAGAUCAUGAGUAUUAAUAUUAACAAAUAUUUCAUCCAGUAUAA